AUGAACAGCGAAGUGAUACUGGACUUGGAGAAAAGAUUAUUUGCUAUAGAAAAUCUGCAUUAUGAGGACACCAUACAUAUUACUAACAUCGAGAAACAGCGGGAAAUUGACCAAAGCCGUAUCGUUGACCUCCAGAAACAGCAGAAAACUCACCAAAGCCGUAUAACUCACCUCGAGAAACAGGAAAGAACUUGCCAAUGCCGAAUUGCCGACCUCGAGAAACAGCGGGAAACUGACCAAAGCCAUUUCGCUGACCUUAAAAACCAACAAAGGAUUGACGAGACUAUUAUUGCCGACCUUGUGGAACAGCAACAACAAAGCGAUCAACGCCAUAUUUCUAAUUCCGAGAACCAUAGAGUGGAUAACCAAAGCUUGAUAAAUCGUGCUUACCGACAGCAGUAUCGCCAAAAAGUGUUAUCACUUCACAACAUCACCACAGCAGCAUCUGCCGACAACGCAACUCGUAUGGCUGACGAAAGAAGUUUUCCAACUGGUAAUAAAGAAGCUACCAUAGGCCAUGAUAUUCUUAACUUCGGGCUGUUCUCUUCGGAAAAAAACAAGCAAGGUAUUAAAAAACGCGUCAGUCCAGACUAUGAAGAUAUGGUGGCAUUUUACGCUGUUUUAUCACGUGAUUACAACAAUAUGGGCGGCACUGCCGAUCUCCGUUUUGAUAGGAUAGUCACUAACAUUGGAAAUUCUUACAGCACUAACACUGGUGUUUUCACUUGCCCGCUUGCGGGCAUAUAUGUGUUCUCCUGGACAAUCCAUGACACAGUAAGUUAUGCUUACGCCGAUCUCGUCAAAAACGGUGCAUCGGUUGGGAUUUCUUUCAUCGGAGAUUCUUCGUUCAGUGGAGUCGGAACUGGGCUAUCAGUACUCCUUUUGGAAAAAGGAGAUGAAAUCUUCAUCCGAAUAAGUUCACAUGGAGUAAAUGGAAUUUAA